AUGACCAUUCUACCCUCGAAGCAAACCUCUUCAACCACAAAAAUUUCUCAUUCACAAUCCAUGCCUCCAUUCAUAUCUCUACUUCCAUCACUACCACCUUCCGAUAAACCCGCAAUACAUCCACCACGAAUGCCUUCAUCCCCAUCAUCAUCAUCAUCGGAGAGACCAAAACAAAGGACUCUUGACGAAAAGACCGAGAUAGUGGCGCUUAAUAUGAUCAUUCUGCAACCAAAGGAGCCGGAUGGUUACUUGCUGGCAGGAAAAUUAUACGAAAAGCAGCAACGGUACACGGCUGCACGAGCCAUCUAUGCACACUCAAGAUACCUCAUCCCACCCACGCAUGAACGCUAUGAUGAGCUUCAGCUUCGUCUCAAAAGGAUCGACAUGAAACGAGCCUCUUUUGUUCAGUUGCUUCCAUAUGAUGUAACACGCAUCAUUUUUAGUCAACUUACAAGUAAUGAACUUCUCGAAUGCGCCAAUGUUACCCUAUCAUGGAACUUCUUUAUCUUGCAAUGGCCGGAGUUUUGGGAUCGAUUGAUUGAUGGUGGCUACAACAUGAUCCCUGCCAUGGCUCAUUCAUUUUUGGAUGUUGGAGAAAAGGAGGAGGAGAGGCGACGGCUUUGUAUCCAAUCGAUGGAAAAUACCAUGACUCCAAGAGCACCCAUGAGAAUGAGUAACACUCUUGUAAGCUCAAUGUUAAAGUUUGUUACUGCUCCUGGUGCAUGCAGCAUUAGAGAAAUACACUUUGAGAGAGUCAUCUUGCAACGUGAACACAUCGACUUGUUGGUGGAAGGAGUACAAUCACGCAACGCCAAGAUCGAACGCCUCUCCUUGUACUAUGUUGAUCUUGGCUCUGAAUCCUAUGCACUUAUGAUUCUUCUAGGCCGAUGUUCUCAGCUAAAGCAUUUUUCAUUUAACGAAAGCCGUCGAGUCGAAGCCUAUGGGAGGAUGCAUAAACGAGGGUCAUACAUUGUUCCUUACAUCGGAUACCGCAUGCAUUCUGAUGGUAUCCCUUACCACACUACAUGCUUACCACCCUUGAUCUUUCGAUGGGUUAUACUAACAUUGAAGGCGCAAUGCUUCCCGACCUUGUAA